AGCGUGCAUUGCGCGAACUAGCAAACAUAUGAGUGGAUCUGAGGAAUGAAAGCAGAUGACGUUUGAUUCCUUACAAUCAUUUCAAUAUUAAUAAAUCAACUAUUUAUUAAUCAGCAGUAGCAUCGGAGGUAUCAUCCAUGACGCUCCCACUACAUUAAACUGGUUUAGGUUGUGUCAUCAUGGCGUUCCCUCAGACCAGACCUCAGGCUCCUCAGCUUCCUCAGCAUCUUCUCAGGACCAUCGAGUGUCAGCAGGGAGCUGUCAGGGCGGUUCGCUUCAACGCUGAUGGGAACUACCUGAUGUCCUGUGGCAGUGACAAGUCUCUGAAGCUGUGGAGUGUGAGCACAGGGACCCUGCUGAAGUCGUACAGCGGCCACGGGUACGAGGUUCUGGACGCUGACGGCUCUUUUGACAACAGCUUGAUUUGCACCUGCAGCUCGGACAAGACUGUGAUCCUCUGGGACGUGGCCACGGGACAGGUCACACGCAAACUCAGAGGUCAUGCCGGGAAAGUCAACUGUGUCCAGUUUAACGAGGAGGCAAAUGUAAUUUUCUCUGGGUCCAUCGAUGGGACCGUUAGGUGCUGGGACGUCAGGUCCAGAAGAUAUGAGCCCAUCCAGGUUCUGGACGAGGCCACGGACGGCGUCAGCAGCCUGAAGCUGAUGCAACACGAGCUGCUCACAGGAUCUGUGGACGGCAGACUGAGGCGCUACGACCUGAGGAUCGGGCAGCUGCACGUGGACUUCAUCAACAGUCCCAUCACGUGCGUUUGUUUCAGUCAAGACGCUCAGUGCACGCUGAGCUCCAGUUUGGAUUCAACGCUCCGACUACUGGAUAAGAGCACCGGGGAAAUGUUGGGAGAGUUUACAGGACAUAAGAUGAAGGGCUACAAGCUGGACUGCUGUCUCACCAGUAAAGACACACAUGUCCUGAGCUGCUCUGAGGACGGACACGUCUACUGCUGGGACCUGGUCGAGGGCUCUCUGACCUUGAAGCUGUCCGUGGGACAAGCUGUGGUCCAGUCGCUGUCCUUCCACCCCACAGAGACGUGCCUCCUCACCGCCAUGGAGGGGCGUGUCCAGGUGUGGGGGGCGGAGCCAAAGGAGACGGAGGAGGACGUGAUGGACACGUAGUCUAUGGACUUUCUGUUGUGGUUGUUGUUCUUCUGGAUGUGAAUCUAUAUUUAGUCCAAGACGGAUUCGUUUGUCUUUGAGAAACAAUCCAGGACUUAGAUUUUUGUAUCUUUGUAUAUUUCUAAUAAAAAAAAAACCUUGAGUAUAAA